AUGGUGAAGACAAUGUGGAGGAAGGGCAAAGGCAAGAAGGAAAAGAAGAAGAAUUCGGAGAGGGAUGCUCCUCCACAGAAAGUUUUGCCGGACCCAAUUCAACCGGUAGUAGAAGAUAAGGUCGAAAAAGAAGAAGCAACUAUGGUAGAAGAGGAAAAAAUUGUGGAGACUGAUGAAGAAAUAGAUUUGGUAAGCGGAUCAAUGGGUAAAAGAAGAGAGAGGGAGAAUCAACAUCCCAUGCUUAGCUAA